GGCAUCUCCGUCAUCAGCCACAUCAUUUUCAGAACUUCAGCCACGUUGUGGAGCGUAUUCCUUCGCUCGCUGUCACGCUUGGAGGUCUCAUUUCAUUUCCUCUCGCGCAUUCGAGAGAGCACUUUCAUUUCUCACAUCAGAGAGCCUCACUCUCAUUUCUCUCCAUUUCGGUUUCCUGGCGUCUUCCUUCUCGAGAGACAUCUCCUCGUCGCACGUCGUUCAUCAUCACGGCAAGGCUUCUUCACUCACAGAAUCAUCUCUAUUUCCUCUAUCCUUCAUUUUUCACCGAAUCAUUCAUAGAGCUAAACCCUCUGUUGGGGUUUCUUUUCCUUUUCACCAUUUCCCUUCGAUUCCACCGAUUAAAACCUUGUUUUCACCAUUAGAAACAUUUUCCACCGAUUCAACUUUGAUUUACACCGAUCAAUCGGUCCAGAAUAGGUUUCCUUCUUCUUCUAGGGUUUCUAUCAAGUUUAAUCCUUUGUUUCAUGUUCUUCUUCGAGUUUUUGUCAUAUUUUCGCUACGUCUUCUCUUUGGAAGAAGCUUCGAGGAUUCGCGUCGCACCUACAGUCAUCUUCUCAGAGCUGCUCUUCCAACCGUAGUUAUAGUUCACAUUCUUCUCUACCCCUACUUGAACACUGAUGCGGGGACAAUGUCUCCUUUCGAGCAUGCGGAGGUUUUCGUCUUAGAUGAUAGCGGAGAGUUUGUUAUUGAGAAGGAGAGAAGAGGAGAUUAUGAAAGAGGAGAGGUCAAGCUCGGGCAGCCUUGGGGGAGUUUGUUGAGGGUUUAGCAUUAUCUUCAAUUGGUGAAUAUAAGAAAGCUGAGGAUGCACAUCUAAAAUCACUUCAAAUUGAUAGAAAUUUUCUUGAAGCAUGGGCACACCUGACUCAGAACAUGAGGUUUUUGGCAGUUCUAUCAAGAUAUAUCGAAGCCAACAAAAGCUCAAGAAUGUCUAAGUCAGAUGUUGCAAAUUGAUGGAAGGUUUUCCAGAGCUCAUCAUUUGCGUGGCCUUUUGUUCCAUGCAAUGGGACAACAUAGGAAGGCGAUCAAUGAUUUGUCAAUGGGUUUGAGCGUUGAUGGUGCCAAUGUUGAGUGUUUAUAUUUGCGAGCUUCAUGCUACCAUGCUCUUGGACAAUACAAAGAGGCGGUCAAGGAUUAUGAUGCUGCUCUGGAUUUGGAAUUGGACUCAAUGGAUAAGUUUGUGCUUCAGUGCCUUGCCUUCUACCAGAAAGAGAUUGCUCUUUACACUGCUUCAAAAUUUAACGGUGAGUUUUGCUGGUUUGACAUUGAUGGGGAUAUUGAUCCACUUUUUAAGGAGUACUGGUGCAAGAGGUUACAUCCCAAAAAUGUAUGUGAAAAGGUUUACCGCCAACCUCCUUUGCGUGAGUCUUUAAGAAAGGGAAAGCUUAGAAAGCAAGAAUUAGUUCUUACAAAGCAGAAGGGUGCUCUUAUACAGGCUGCAGAUUUCAUUGGCAAGAAAAUCCAAUAUGAUUGUCCUGGUUUCCUACCUAACAGGCGUCAGCAUCGUAUGGCAGGAUUUGCUGCUAUAGAAAUUGCUCAAAAGGUCUCUAAGGCUUGGCGUGCCCUUCAAACGGAAUGGAAAUAUUCUAAUAAAAACAACUCAAACUCAAAGAGUGGCAGAAGGGCAAGGAGAAGGGAAAGAAUUAAUAUGCCCAGUCAGAAUAGGGGAGGUGCGGGUUGUAGCACAAGUAGUACCUCCGAAACAUCUCCUUCACAUGGCAUUGUAGAUGAUAGAUCAUCCAGCUGUUCAAUAUCAUGGCAAGAUAUUUAUUCAAUAGCUGUUAGAUGGAGACAAAUUUCUGAGCCUUGUGACUCUGUUGUGUGGGUGAACAAGCUAAGUGAAGAGUUUAAUUCUGGGUUUGGUUCUCACACACCCAUGAUCCUGGGACAAGCCAAAGUUGUGCGUUACUUUCCUAACUGUGAAAGGACUUUAAAUAUUGCGAAGACUGUCAUAAAAGAGAAAUCACACGUCUACAGCAAGACAGAUCAUAUCAUUCGUCUCUCCAAAGAUGGGAAAUUGGAUGAGGUCACGCAUGCCAAUUCUAUCUCUGAUCUUUAUAAUGCUAUUGGUGAGGAUUUCUGGUCAUCUACGUGGUGUAACAGUGCUGCAUUUGAAGGGAAACAACUUGAGGGAACAAGAAUAACACUUGUAAAAACGGGGGAGCAUGGUUUUGACUUUGCAAUUAGAACACCUUGUACACCCGCUAGAUGGGAGGAUUAUGAUGCAGAAAUGGCAAUGGCAUGGGAAGCUCUCUGCAAUGCUUACUGUGGUGAAAAUUAUGGGUCUACUGAUUUUGAUGCGCUCGCAAAUGUGAGAGAUGCAAUUUUAAGGAUGACAUAUUAUUGGUAUAACUUUAUGCCACUGUCCAGAGGAUCUGCUGUAGUCGGAUUUGCAGUCAUGCUGGGUUUGUUCCUUGCUGCUAAUAUGGAGUUCACAGGAAGCAUCCCACAAGGUUUGCAGGUUGAUUGGGAAGCCAUUUUGAGCUUGGAUCCAAAUUCCUUUGUGGAUUCUGUCAAAAGUUGGCUAUACCCAUCUCUGAAGGUAACAACCUCAUGGAAAGACUAUCAUGACGUAGCAUCAACGUUUGCAACAACAGGGUCGGUUGUUGCUGCCUUGAGCUCUUUUGAUGAUUGAACUCCUUGAAAUAACGGCCAGGUUUCAGUAUGUUUCGCCUAUCUACUACAUUACUGCUGGUUUUUCACAAGCUUCGGAAAAUGCAACAGAACUAUUGAUUAAAAGCUGACCCUUACUAACUGAUCUUCCUCUUAAGGCUCAAUCUUUGUGCCGCUUUUUAAAUUGUAAUAAUAUAUGUUAACCUUUGUACAAUCUUGUAAAUUAUGGCAUUGGAUGAUUAGAUAACCAUUUAUCUUUUCAUUCUAA